UGAAUCUUGAAUUUCAGCCUUCUCGUUAGCCUCGUUAAGAAGGACAACUAAUAAUCGAUUUGCUGUUGAACGGAUCUCAUUCUUUGUUAACGAAGGCUUCAUAGCAAGCACAACAAACAAGAGGCGUUACCGUUCUAUUAGUCAUGGCUGCUCAACAGCCGCCGCGGUCAGGUCUGUCCCUGUACGCCAACCUUCUCGAGCCAGAGGGCGACUCGGCCGCUUCCAUAUCCCGCGGCCCAGUCGUGUCGCAAGAAGCGCUCGACGCGGUAAAGGAGCAGGAAGCCUCCAAGAAGCCCAUCGACUCCGCCCUGCGCUUCCAACCACACCCCCAGAUCCGGCGCCCGCAACAGAAGACCCAGAAACCCAAAGCGAGCUUCCCGAAAGCGCCUCCCGCUCCUCCCACCGCCCCGGACGUCGCCGCCCAGGCUCCGUCGAAGAGCCGAUUGGCCGACUGGGCGCCUACCGAGGAGGAUGAGUUCAUGUACGGCUUAGGCGAGAAGAGAGCUCGCGGCGGGCGCAGGAAGAAAAAGAAGAAGGAAAGGGAGGUGCCCGUCGAGACGGACUGGGACGAGAUCUACGACCCCUCGAGACCCACGAACGUGAUUGAGUAUCUGCGGAGCGACGAGCGGAUCCGCGAGGUGCGGGAAUGGAAGGACUUGCUUUACAAACACAGGCGACGCGACGACGAUAGCGAGAGGCGGGGAAGCUGGAGCAGCGAGGAGGAGGAGGAUUCGAGACCGGCACAGAAUCGAUUUGCGCCCCCUGAUUCCUACUCCUUCGCACCACCACCCCCUUCACCCCCGCGAGCCCCGCUGCCAGACGACAAGACCGGCGACGACGCCUACGCACGCCGUCUAGCCCUGUCACAAGGCAACGUUCCUCCACCACCGCGCUCGCCCUCACCGCGCUCGCCCUCACCGCCCCCGCCCCCUCCUCCCCCAAUAGCACCAGUAGCAGCUCCUCCCGAGCCAGAAGCCGCGACAAUAUCGCGCGCGCCAGUGCGCUACGCACAGCCGAACCCGCCACCACCGCUCGAUCCAGACGCCAUGGACGAGGACGAAGACGAGUACGUGCCGCCCGAGCCCGGCGCCGGCACCACUGCCGCCGAAGCAGAAGAAGAGGGAGAAGCAGCGCGCAGCAACCGGCCGGGCCAGAAGGGCUUCGCCGCGCGGCUCAUGGCCAAGUACGGCUGGUCGAAGGGGCAGGGGCUCGGCGCCGAAGCGAGCGGGAUCCUGCAGCCGCUGCGCGUGCAGGUCGAGAAGCGCAAGAAGAAGCCGGACUCGGAAGGGGGCGGAUGGGCCGAGCCCGGCGGGCGCGGGCGCAUUAUCGGGUCCAAGACCGCCGCCGCCGCCGCCGCCGCAGGCGGUAGCAAGUUCGGGCCCAUGAGCAGCGUCGUCGUGCUGCGCAACAUGCUCGACGGCAUGGACGACCUGCAGGCCGAGAUGGAGUCCGGGCUGGGCCAGGAGAUCGGCGAGGAGUGCGGCGACAAGUACGGCCGCGUCGAGAGGCUGUAUAUUGACGUUGAGGGCCGCCGGGUGUAUAUCAAGUUCACUGACCAAGUCUCGGCUCUAAGAGCAGUUAAUGCGUUAGACGGCCGCAUAUUCGCAGGCAACACCAUCGAACCUCAAUUCUACGACGUCGACAAGUUUGAGAACAGAGUUUACGAGUAGAUAGAACAUGUAUUGGGACGCAGGCGGCUAUCUUGUCUAGAAGAAAAGCUAGAGAGGGCGAGAGGCAGCUCUAAGGUCUGCUGUGUCUACUAGCUAGUAAUAAGGAACUCGUGAUAAGUACUUAGCAGGCUUACUCUAUCGCUACCUUAGUAUGCUAUAGUCCGACGACAGAAGUGGCAACAGUAUCAACAGUCUAGCGACCCGUCAUAUAAAUUCGAGACUCAGUGGUAGUAAUUCAAAUACAAACUACACACACCACAUUUGUACCUACAAAGCAAUGUUGUGCAUGUAGGAAGGAGAUAAGCCACCCAAGGCUAAAGUUACGAUAAUGUUGUAUGUUCACUUACCGACUUGUCAAGAAAGCCAUAAAGCACUUGUGACUACAACGUUCACCUAGGUAGAUGGGGC